AUGGCAGUCCCUUUUUUGAGAAGCCACACCCGUGUAAGCGUGUAUGGUUGCAAAAAUUUAAGAUGCCUUUUCUCAACCUCCAUCGUUAAAGGUGAUCUUGAGAAACUUGAAUGUUUGAAUGUAUCCCAGUGCUACAAAUUGCAAAAUGUAAUUGAGGAUAAGAAAGGAAAACAAGAAGCGGCUACAGUUGAAUUUCCCUGCCUGUCCUCGAUAUCACUUAACCACUUGUAUAAUUUGAAGAGUUUCUGCACCUGGCAUUAUACUAUUGAAUGGCCAUCUUUGGAAAGUCUGGUUAUCCAAUAUUGUCCGAGAUGGAGACUUUUGGUUAUGGAGACCAAGAUGUCAGGAGCUAGAAGAGGCAGAGGACGGCCUGCUAGAGGUAUAAGUCUCGGAGGUGCCGAUCGUGGUGGUGUUGACCAUGACAAUGUUCAGUUGGAGGAUGCACCUCAUGUGCCGAAUCCUAUAAUUGGAUUUAUCAGAGAUAUACGCAAAUUGGGGGCUGUUGAUUUCGUCAGAUCUACCAAUCCACUUAUUGCUGAGAAGUGGAUUGAAGAUUUGGAAAGAUAUUUUGAGAUGAUGGACUGCACUGAGUCAGAGACCAGUAUGGUUGUGGACAUUACAACUAUGACCUGGGAUGAUUGUAAAACUCGGUUCUACGAUAAAUACUUUCCACAAUCAGUGAAGGAGAAGAAGGCAGCAGAGUUCAUGCAACUGGAACAGAAUAAUGAUAUGUCAGUCAGUGAGUGCGAGAGGAAGUUUACAGAGCUAUCUCGAUUUGCUCCUCACAUUGUUGCGAAUGAGUUACACAAGUUUGUGGUGGGUCAUCGUUUUGACACUUAUGCUAAAGUGGUGGAAUGUGACGUGGUAGUAGAAGAGAAUAAUAAUAUUGCCUUUCAGAAACAGAAAGAGCGUAAGGCAGAACAGAAAAGUAAGGGGGCUAGCAGCUCUCAACAGAAUCAGAGCAGCUCUCAACAAAAUCAGAGGGGUCAGCGGCAGCAGACUCAGAGAAACUGGCAGGGUCAGUCUUGGCAGAGAGGUAGACAAGAUUGCGGGCAUUGCUACAAUUAUCGUGAGCAAGGAUAUUUGGCUCGUAAUUGUCCCAAGCCUCACAAGAAUAACCAGCAGAAAGGUUUUUCAUAUUCUUUUAUUGCACUAUCAUUUAUGGAUACACUGGAAUUAGAACCUGGACAUAUAAGUAAUGCCUUAUCUAUUACAACUCCACUCGGGAGCACGACGACACUUGAUAGAAUAUGUCGUGCUUGCCUUGUUACAAUUGGGGAGUUGGAGUAUCCUAUUGAUUUGAUAGUAUUACGUAUGAGAGACUUUGAUGUUAUACUGGGUAUGGAUUGGUUGGCUAGAUAUCAUGCUCAGUUGGACUGCCAUGAGAGGAUUAUUGUAUUCUCAGUUCCGGGACAGUUACCUUCUCGAUAUAAGUGUGGGGAGUUCGAGGGCACCGUGACUAUGGGAUUUCUUGCCCAUAUCGAGGUGGUUGAGCAAUGCGUGAUUAUAGAGCAAUUACCUAUAGUGUCAGAGUAUGCAGCUGUGUUUCGGGAUAUUCCGAGUUUGCCUCCUAGGAGGGUAGUGGAAUUCUGCAUCGACCUCACUCCGAGUAUUCCACCUAUCUCUAGGGCAACCUACAGAAUGACGCCAGUUGAAUUGAGUGAAUUGAAGAAACAGACUCAAGAGUUGCAAGAUCGGGGGUUUAUUCGACCUAGCACAUCACCUUGGGGAGCACCUAUUUUAUUUGUCAAGAAGAAGGAUGGGUCACUCCGCUUAUGUGUCGACUACUGUGCGCUGAAUAAGGUCACUAUUAAGAAUAAGUACCCAUUGCCACGCAUUAAUGAUUUGUUUGAUCAACUCAGAGGGGCACAGUUGUUCUCUAAGAUUGACUUGAGGACUAGGUACCAUCAGCUGAGGAUUAGGGAGGAGGAUAUUCCUAAGACUACCUUUAGGACUCGUUAUGGCCUCUAUGAGUUCUUAGUCAUGCCAUUUGGGUUGACUAACGUUCCGGCAGUUUUUAUGGAUUUGAUGAACAGAGUGUUUCGACCUUACUUGGAUCAGUUUGUUGUGGAGCAGAUUCAGUUUUUGGGACAUGUGAUCUCUAAGGAUGGAGUUUUAGUAGAUUCUGCCAAGGUGGAGGCUGUGAUGAGUUGGAAACGACAUACUACUGUCACUGAGAUUCGUAGCUUCUUGGGACUGGCAGGAUACUACAGGCGCUUCAUUGAGGGUUUCUCCAAGAUUGCUGCACCUUUGACCCGUUUUACUCGGAAGGAUGUGAAGUUUGUUUGGGACCACCGUUAUGCAUCACAUCAGGGUCUUGGCUGUGUUUUGAUGCAAGUUGAUAAGGUGGUCGCGUAUGCCUCUAGGCAUUACUUGUAUGGCGAGGAAUUUGAGUUAUUCUCUGAUCAUAAGAGCCUCAAAUACCUCUACACUCAAAAGGAGUUGAAUAUGAGGCAACGAAGGUGGAUGGAGAAGUUGAAGGAUUUUGAUAUGACCCUUCAGUAUCAUCCUGGAAAAGCGAAUAUGGUAGCAGAUGCCUUGAGUCAGAAACCGAGAGGAUUAGUUGCCUUUAUGAUGAUUCAGGAGUGGAUGAUGUUAGAGGCAUUGGCAGAGUUUUCUAUCAUGCCGAGUUCUCAGAGUACAAAGGCUCUUCUUUGUAGAUUGACUGUACAACCUACUUUGAUCAGCCGGAUCAUUUAUACUCAAACUCAGGAUGACAAGUUACAGACCAAAGUAGUUGAGGCUAUUAAUGAUGAAUAUAAUGUCGACUGGAUGUAUGGAGCUAAUGGUGGCAUGAGAUUUCGAGGUAGGCUAUGUGUUCCAGACUUAGCAGAUCUCAAGAGAGAGAUUUUAGAGGAGUCACACCACUUUAGGUACACAGUGCACCUAGGUGGCACUAAGAUGUAUCAUGAUCUUAAGAGGCAGUUCUAG